AUGAAGCGCCUUGAGUGUGGCGUAGGCUACGAAGAUGAUUCCACGCAAGUGAGUGACUCAGAUGAAUCGAGCGAGGAGGAUAUGUCUAUGACACCAUGGCAACAAAUGACCCAGACGUUUGGUAUGGGCAAAGCUGCGCGGGUUCAACGUGGCACAGGACGUCGAUCCAGUAUUUCAUCAAUCUCCCAGAUCGAUCGACUGUCUAUCACGCAGAAGAGCAUGAAACAAAUCAUCCCGUCACCAAAGAGUCUCAAGCAGGUCAUAACUGAGUACUUCAUGCGCGGCAACAAGAAGGUUCAGCCUUCCAAGCUCAGCGACGAGCUCGCUAUGGCCGAACGUAUUCGUCUCAUGGUAGCAAAACUCGACACAAUGAAAUCGGCUCGAUGCAACGCCACCAACUUAGGUCAAGCACCACCCCCGUCUCGAGGCGAUUGCAACAGUAUCCGGGUUGUCUACGAGCGCGCGCCCGAUGGAGUACGGGCAUACGGCUCGGUUGUGCCCAAGGACAAAGUUGAUUUCCUUCCUUCUGUCUAUGAACUGGAGCAACAGCUUUGUGACUUGGAGCGCUCACAACAUGUGCUUUAUGCUGGUCAAAAGGUUCACGUCUCGUUGUACCCAGGAAGCCGUUUUUCAGGGCGUGGACUAAUAACGUUGGAGCGGGAGCGUCAGUCUCGCUUUCAUGUUCUACUUGCAAACCGCAUUCGACUUGUGAACGUGCCAGCCGAUAAGAUCAGCCCAUUGCGCGAGAAGAAGAAGGCUGCGGUGACAAUCACUGAAGACCAGUUCCUUAUCUGCAACAACAAGGUCAAAGUGUACAUCGGUGACCAGAUUUAUGUCAAAUGUUCGGCUGGAAAUGGUGAUCUUGACAGUACCGCUGAAGAAGAGAAGCUGGGACUUCUGAAUGGUAUCUACUCGAACCGAACAGCGGCUGUCGACUUUGCAGAUGGAUCCACAGGCUAUGAGAUCCCUCCAAACCUCAUCUUUAAGCGGAAACGCGCUAGUGUUCCAGCAGAUCAGGACGUGCGGUCUCUCAAGAACGCUGUACUCAUGCAGGCUUCCAGUGGAGCUAAAGACAGUUUCCCAAUACUUGAGGAAGGAUACCAAGUCAAAGCCGACCACCCACGGAAAGCCGCAGUUGAGAGCUGCAUCGUUAUCAAAACGCAUGCAUCAUCAGCGUGUGACCUGCGCUUUUCAGACGGUACCAUUGCGUUCGAAGUGUUUCCAUCUCAAAUGAUCAUCGAUAGCGUGGAGCACCAGCGCACAAUAUCCAAGGCCACCGCCACCUUGACUGCAAACGACAGCUUCAAUCGAUCACGGCAACCGGUGUAUGCUGUGGGAGACUACGUGCUUGCUUGGAGCUCACGCUUUGGUCGAUACUGCUCCGCCAAAAUUAUCGCGAAGACAUCGCAGGAUCUUCCAGCCACCUCAAAUGAGGUCAUAUCAACUCCAUCAGCGAGUUCACUCACUGGUGUCGAAGCGUUGGCGUCCCCAACAAUACAUUCCAUUGCAACGAUACCACCUCCAACACUCAACUGCCUGUAUACACUGGUAUUCGACUACGGCGAGAAGAAGUCGCAAAUGCCACCGGACAAGAUAACCCGCUUGGAUGAUGUCAGCGCUCUCUCUCAUAACCAGCGGCUUACAAAUUACAGUAUCGACACGAUGGGCUUUGAGUUAUCUCCAGUAACCUUCAUGGUGGGCGAGUCCGUCAUGGCCCGCGUUCACGGAUCGGCACGAUACUUUAAUGGUCUCGUGGAAGCAGUGAACGAGAAGGAACGAGUAUGCGCGGUGUGUUUCGACUCGUCCGAACACGACACUGUGGUUCCCUUCUCAGCCAUGUUCUCUGUCGACUCCAGGACGCGCUUCACUGGUCGAAGUUCUAGCACGAAGCAGGCAGGAAGUGGGGGCAGUUCCUCGUCGGAGACAACCUCGAAGGCUCGCUUCCUCUCUCGCCACCAUGUCACAGAAGAGCCCGCCGCGGAAGUUACGACGCGUCCACGACGACACAGCAGCGGAUCCGUCGGCAACAUCAUGAAAUCGGUAGCGGACUCGAUUUUCCGAGGCUCGCGUUCAAAGCCCAGCCUUGGGCCACGUCGAGCAUCACACAUGAUAACCGAGACUGGAGCCAGGGUUCAAGUACCAGAACGGUAG